GAAGAAGGUGAGUUCUAUUAUUGCACCUUGAGUUAUGCUUGCUGUUUUACCGGCUAAAAUCUUUCAUCGGAGCACGGUGUUCGUUUUUGCGAAUUUUUAUCUAGGGUUUUUUGAACAGGCUACGAAUUAAUCAGCUCAAUUGCAUAACUCCAUUUAGAAUAGCGAUAAUUUUUCAUUUUCCAAACAUUUAAACCGACUUUGUCGCUGGACCGCAGGUGCUGAUUUGAAGCUAGGAGGACCUCAGAUCUCAUCCAAAAAAAGGUUAGGGCAAUUCAAACAGAAGUUUUUCUGCAACCGUGAAGGGGACAAUGCCAACUCGACGCGACCGUGAAUAUUUGUUGUUGAUAAUAGAAGAAAUUAAUCGUGUGCUCCGUUGUCAGCUUAUUAUAAUACUUGACUUGGUAAUUAGGAUAAAAACAAGAAAAAGAAAACGCAGCGAACAUGUUGCGCGAUAUGGUAUGAUUGAAUGCAUACCUGCUCAGAUUGGGCAUUUAAACAGAAUUACGGGAGUAAGUGACACCGACUGUAUUUCGAAUCUGCGGAUGGACCGUAAUACGUUUGGCAGGUUGUGUCACCUAUUAAAAGAACUUGGAGGUCUUAGGGAUGACAGACAUGUGUGUAUAGAAGAGCAAGUGGCAAUGUUCAUCUCCAUUCUUGCUCAUCAUAAAAAGAAUAGGGUUAUUGGCUUUGACUUUUGGAGAUCCGGGCAGACGAUAUCACUGUAUGUUCACUUGGUUCUAACUGCCAUCUUGAGACCACAUGCGUUAUUGUUGGUGAAGCCUGAACCUGUAACAGAGAAUUCCACCGAUCCAAGAUGGAAAUGGUUUAAGGGCUGUUUAGGUGCGCUUGAUGGCACGUAUAUAUCUGUAAUGGUACCAAAUGGGGAUAAGCCACGCUAUAGAACGAGGAAGGGGUUAAUCUCGACGAAUACCCUCGCCGUUUGUGAUCGAAAUCUAAAGUUUGUGUAUGUACUACCGGGCUGGGAGGGAUCAGCAGCUGACUCGAGGGUAUUGCGAGAUACAAUAAAUAGAGUACAUGGUUUGAAAGUUCCAAACGGAAAUUAUUAUUUGGUCGACAACGGCUAUGCUAAUAGCGAUGGUUUCUUGGCACCUUACAAGGGGGUGAGGUAUCAUUUAAAGGAAUGUGGUCCAGCAUCUGAGAGGCCACGGAACGCCGCUGAAUUGUUCAACAUGCGGCAUACUAAAGCUAGAAACUGUAUCGAGCGGGCGUUCAGGAUUCUAAAGAUGCGUUGGGGUAUACUCCGGAGUACCACAUUCUAUUCUGUGAAGGUGCAGAAUAGGUUAAUCAUGGCUUGCUUCUUGUUAAAUAAUUUUAUCCGAUCGGAGAUGAUAAAUGACCCCAUAGAACAAAUGUUUGACAACCUUGAUGUUGGUGAUAUGGCGGCUGAAGCAGAUAAAGAAGAAUGCAUAGAUACAGUGGAAGUAUCAAGUAUCAACAUAAUGGAAUACUAAGAGGGAUUCCCUUGCGCCAUGUGGCAGCAGUUCAAUGUUGGGGCAUAGAUUAAUUUGUGUUGAACUUUUUGAAGGAAACUUUAUCUGGUUAUUCGAUGUAUUAUGAGACAUAUUCUGCUUGAUUUUGUUUAUAUUAUUUGUUGGUGUUUUUCUGU